AUGUCUACAAUUCAUCAAGAGAAACCUAGCGAAACAGUCCAAGAGGACUUAAAUAAUAUGUUAAAUGAUUUAAUAACAAAUGUCGUUGAUUCAUCUGUAGGAAAAAAAUUAAAUAAUGGUUACAAAACUGCCAAAACUAGUGCACCAUUAGUUGAAAAUACUUGUAAUAUCAUUGAAAAUGGUCUUUUAAAAGCAACAUCUGAUUAUGUAAUUCCAACUGCUGCUAAAGCUGUAGAUAACUACAAUAAAGGUGCUUCAAGUAUCAAAUCUGUUUAUGGAAAAACAAUGGAUGUUGCUAAUUUGACUACAGCUUAUGGUAUGACAGCUUUGGUAGCAGGAAUACAAUUAAGUCUUCUUGCUGGUUUCACAGGAGCAAACUAUGCUUUAGAUACAGCUAAAGCAACAAAAGAUAUGGCUGUCAAAACAGCUACAUCUGUUAUUGAUGUUAAAAAUUCUACUGCUGAGAAGAUUGCUUCCUCAAUUGAAAAGACAUUAUCAAUAGCUUCUAUGCCUAAAAGUAUGGCAGCUUCUCAAAUUAAUUAUGCUUUGGAUGUAACAACAUCAUAUGUUGAAAAUUUGGUUCAAAACACAAUACCCAAAGAUGCUGUUGAUGAAAAUUCAACAAUAAUUGAUCGUAUCAAGGUUUUGACAACUUUUAUUGCUUCUAAUCUCUAUUCAAAAGGAAAUUCUGAUGUUGUUGAACCAAUUCUUAAUAAUUUAUACAAUUUGAUGUCCAAGAUAAAAGAUAAUUUCAUACUUCUUAAUGUUUUACAUAAGGAAAAACAAUGGGCACUUGAUUCUUGUGCUGGAAUAUCAACAAAAUUAGCAAAUAUUAAGAAACUUGUAGAAGAGAAAGCUGCUGAAUUAAAAAUGUCUCCAGAGGAAGUACUUCUUCAACAAAUUCGUGUAACAACUGAUAUGUUAAACGAAAGUGUUGAUAAAAUUGAAUCAAAAUCUGAAAAUAUUCUUACUCCUCAAAUCAAUGAUCUUAUCAAAAAGAUUGUUGCUUUAAUAAAAGGUUUUGAUCAAAGUUUAGAUAAUAAGAAAUCUGUCUAUGAUGUAAAAGAUGAAGUUCUUCAUCAAAUAGUUAAUACUUUAACAUCUGUCAUGGGAUUUUUUGGAAACAAAUAA